UCUGAUCUGUCUGAUGCUGCUGCUGGCGACUGGAUGCAUCUACCGGAGAUUUAACCAAAGAGCAAGGAAACAAAGGAGAGGAAGCCGACUGAUCCAGAGCGAUGAGAGAUGACACAUCAACUGUCCUUCAGAGGAAGAAGAGACGGAGAGACAUGGCUUCAGACGUGAGGUGCUUGUGUGUUGUUCUGCUCUUCUCUGGACUUCAGUUCACAACAGGCUGUGCAGUAGUGUUACCACACAUCAUGUGUUCUUCAGGAGAGUCUGUGCUGCUGCCCUGCAGGGAUAUAAACUCACAUCUCACUGAAGUCCAGUGGUGGGUUGGUGAUUCUCAGACCCACACUCUUCAUUACUCAGUGUCUCCUCUGGACGUUAUUAAAGGUCAGCGAUACAAAGACAGAGUUCAGAUUCAGGGGAAUCUCUCGCUGUCCAUCACUCGACUCAAUGUAGACGACACAGGAAUGUACUGGUGUAAAACAACAGAGGCUGACAAAGAGCGCUAUGUUUAUCUACUUGUUGAAGGUUGUUCUUUAUCAGGGAAUGAAGGAUCAGUGGAGAUCAGCAGAUAUUCAGGGGAAUCUGUGCUUCUGUCCUGUUUGGUCAAAUGUAGCGGCCGUUAUGAACCAGGUUCAGAGUUCAGAUGGAAAUUACCAAACUCCAGAGAAAUAAACCUGAACAUUAACUCUGCUGAACUCAGUCGACUCUAUCAGGGCAGAUUUCAGAUGUUUGAUAUAAAGUCAGGAAACCUCUCUCUGCUGAUCUCUAACCUGACUGAGGAAGAUGAAGGACCGUAUUCCUGCUGGAGUAAAGAGAAUCAACACAAGAGCUUCACACUCACUGUUAAAGGAUGCACACUGCCAGAGACUGAGCGGGAACUUAAAACCAAGUACACGGGUGACUCUGUGCUUCUGUCCUGCUCAUGUAAAGACUCAAACACCAAUCCUAAGCACUUCAGAUGGACCCAUGUAGAGUCCAGUGGGACUGAAGUGUCCAGUCAAACUCUGCGGUAUAAAGACAGAGUCCACACGUUUCACAAGACGACUCCAUCAAAUCUGUCUCUGUUGAUCUCCAACCUGACUGAAGAUGACCAGGGCACUUACAGAUGCACAGUUAACAACAAAACAUCCGCUCACACCAGACUCAUCGUUAAAGGCUGUGUUUUAUCCAAACAUCACAUCACCAAGAGCUCCCAUCCAGGAGGAUCCGUGAUUCUUCCAUGUUCCUGUGAAGAUCCCAAAACCAGACCGGAGCACUUUGAAUGGAAGCGAGCAGCUGUGAAUGAGACGCUGGUUUCAGACGCGGAGGAGAUCAACGGCCGAUUCCAGACCAUCAGAGAUUCUCCUCAUAAUCUCUCCUUACGCAUCUCAAACCUGACCGAGACUGACCGAAGACUGUAUGUGUGCUCAGUCAACGGCAAACAAUCCAGACACGUCAAUCUCACUCUUACAGAUUCUGCUGUUAUAAAUCCUCUCGAUUAUCAGUACUAUCUGAUAUUUCUGAUCUGUCUGAUACUGCUGCUGGCGACAGGAUGCAUCUACCGGAGAUUUAACCAAAGAGCUAAAGGAGGACGCAGAGAGAUCCAGAGAUCAAAUGAUGAGGAUGACGUGACUUACUCCAGCGUCACACAAAUUAAAGGGAAAAAAAGACCUUGCAAAAAGGAAGAAGAGGUUGUUUAUUCGACUAUGGCAGACAUGAGCAGAUCUACUCGGGAGGAGGUUUAUUCAUCUGUAGUCCACAUCAAAUCUCACAAACCACAAUCCCGACUCAUGAACACUGAGGAGGCCGUUGUCUACGCAAGUGUGCAGAAAGAGUAAACAUGACACAAACACACACCUACAAUUCUGCACUGGGUUAUUGUUUUAUGAUCAUUUUAAAGAGUUUGACGGCUUUUACAUUAACUUGAUUAGCUUUUUUUCAUGUUUACUACUAGCUUAAUUUCAUAUGGUUAGUCAUUUUGUAAAAAUUAUGACAGAAUGACAUUUCUGUUUUCUAAGAUUUUUGUAUUUUGAAGAUGAUUGGGUGAUUCAGUUUAUUUCUUAAAUACAAUUAACAUUCUGUGUACACAGUAUCAUUAAAUCUGUCUGUUUGAAGAGUAAUUACUCAAACUACAAGAGUUUCAUUGUUUAUUUCUUUAUUUAAAGCUUCCAUGUCUCGUCUUUUCAAGAAAAAGCAAAAUGAAUACACAAACAAAACAAUUAAAUAUUAACUUUCACGAUAAUAUUCUUCAUUCUAACACCUUACAUUUCACACUAAAGCAUCUGUGAAGGAAUGCAGUUAAAAACAUAUAUUAUGAAUUGAGCAAAACAAAUAUUACAACAAAUUAUAGUUCUAUAAAUUAUUCUUAAAAUUAAACUGUGCAUUUUCUCAUAUUAUUACACUAGACAUUAAAAUUAAAACAGUUAAGAGGCUGUCAGAGAUUGAUCACGUUAAACUUGUGACCUGAAAUCCAGUGUAUUAUUUGAUAUAAACUGAUAAAAUGAUGUAUAUACAGCAAUGUGUUAAAAUAUCUCUACUUUCUUUACAAAUUAUAUGAUCUGAAUAAUAUUAUUUGAGAGAAAAAGGCUUAAAAGACUUCUUUUUUUGGACAGCACUUUAUAUAUAUUGUAUACAGUAUGUGUGUGUGUGUGUGUGUGUGUAUACAGCUCUACUAUGAGUUACAUCAGUUGUAAACAGUUGCAGAGUAUAUGUCCCUGAGUUUAUUAACCGUAUUUCUAAACUCAUGGUACAGGGACAGCAUGAUCCUCUCCAGUCUUCAUAUUCACCGUUACCUGAGCUUUCCCGUUACUUUAUUUAGCAGCCAUGAAACUAGGUCACCUCGCAGGAUUCUCUGGGUAAGUGAAUCUCAUGAAAACACGUUCAGGUCAUAUAUCUAUGGAGGCCA